AUGGGUGAUACGAAUGGACAAGUGGUAGCUGGUGGUCAUGGUGAAGGAAAUCGAUUGGAUCAAUUAACUGUACCAACCGAUGUAUUGAACGACAAAGAGAAUGAUAGUCUCAUUAUUUGUGAUCUAGGGAAUCAACGCGUCGUACAAUGGUCUCGUCGUAGUGGCACAACUCAAGGAAAAAUCCUCACCGACAACAUCGAUUGUUAUGGAUUGGCCAUGGAUGAUCAGAGAUAUCUCUACAUAUCUGACUACACGAAACAUGAAGUAAGACGAUAUCAAAUAGGAGAUAAGAAUGGAACUCUUGUGGCUGGUGGCAAUGGUGAAGGUGCUGGUCUCAAUCAACUCAACGCUCCGGGCUACAUCUUUGUUGAUCGACGACAGACUGUCUACGUGUCAGACUACCGCAAUAAUCGUGUGAUGAGAUGGAAGAAAGGUGCAAAAAAAGGAAUUAUCGUUGCUGGAGGUCAAGGCGCAGGGAAUGCUACGACACAAUUGUCGCUUCCUCAAGGUCUGUUCGUCGAUACGUUGGGUACCAUCUAUGUGGCAGACAUGGGGAAUGAGCGAGUGAUGCGUUGGCCUAAAGGAGCGAAACAGGGCACUGUCAUUGCGGGUGGAAAUGGUCGAGGAGCAGGAGCAAAUCAGUUCAACGAUCUCGAAGGUUUGUCCUUCGAUCGAUAUGGCAAUAUCUAUGUCGCCGAUGUACGGAAUAAUCGUGUUCAACGUUUUUCAAUCGAGUAA